AUGUCAUCAGAAAAGCCCCCCAGCAGCACCCUCAACCUCCCCGAAAGACCCCUAACCGACUUCGAACAACACGUCUCCGCCAUCGCGGCGCGCAUGUCCAAAGCCUCCGAUGGAGAAGACACUUGGUCCAUCGAUACCCCCUCGCUGAACCUAACAUUCCACUCGGCGUCUCUAGCCCCGCAGCCAACAAUAGCAUUCGAGCUCACUAUCGCGCCAAAGCACUGCAAUUUCCUGGGGAACUUGCAUGGCGGGUGUGCGGCGACGCUCUUCGAUGUCCUCUCGUCGAUGAUUCUGCUGGGUGUCUCGAAGCCAGGGUUCUUUGAGCUGGGGGGUGUGAGUCGGCAUUUGAAUGUUACGUACCUUAGGCCUGUGCCUGUUGGGACGAGGGUCAGGCUUGUGAGCAAGGUUGUUAGUAUGGGGAAGAGGUUGGCGCUUAUGAGGUCGGAGAUCUUGAGGGUGCAUGAGGAUGGGAGAGAGGAGGUUUGUGUUGUUUCGGAUCAUGAGAAGGCGAAUACGGAUCCGGAGGUUAAGAUGUAG